AUGGCUAAUACUAGGGGAAGAAUUGUCAGGAAGCAAAGCUUGUUUAAAAAAUUGAAAUCAUAUCCUUUUGAUCUAUUAUUGGCGCUUAAUGAACAGAGAGAACUGAUUGAUUGGGAUUCAUACUCGAAAACAAUAGCGUUACCAUCAGGGUUCAUAUUGACCACCGUAUACUUUCUUGUGAGACUAUGGCAAGAUAAUCAAGUUGAUGAAAAGAAGCCCCAAUACUUUGAUUUUGAUAAAAAAUUAUUACAAGACUCUAUAUAUUUCAGAAACUCAAGCCAAUCAACAAUAGGUCCAAAGAUCAUUUCAACUCUUCAAUUUAUAAUAAUUUCCAUCAAUCUAUUCAAUACAAUUUAUUUUUUGAGCAGUACAAAACAAUAUGCUAUAUUCAAUAAAUCUACACCACCAAACACAUCUAGUGCUCGCAAAGUUUCAAGAGAUAUCAAAGUUAAAACACUUUGGGAUACUGUUUUGUUUUGGAAGAAGGAUGAUGAACCAGAAGUUGAUUCAUAUUGGGAAUUGAAUAUUUGGAAUCCAUCCAAAUUCUCAACUUACUUAUUUGUCUCAUUUCCACCUUUUAAUUUGUUAUAUUUAUAUCUUACACAAUCCGCUUUCAAGAAUCUCAUCUUUGUAUUCAGUACGUCAGUCAUAUUAUAUUUUGUCAUAAUCAAAGGGUUUCUAGUAUUGAUUGAAGACAAGCAAAUUUUAUACCAAGAAACAUUUGAUGAAUAUCAAAGAAAGUAUGUCAAUCCAAAAUUAUCAGUUGCAAGAAGAGAAGUUGCAAUUGAUGCUACAAAUGGUCCAUAUGAUCAAAAUUCAAUUGAAUAUUAUUCUCCAGGUAGAACUGAGAAAUUGUUCAAAACUCAUGAUUAUAAAGGGAGAGAAUCUGUCGAAGCAUUCCACCAAGGUGAAUUUACACCAGUUAAAAAGGGUACACCAUUGAGAAAAUCAAUUUUUACACCAAAGGGUAAUAAUAGGUAUUCAUCAUAUCAUCCUUCACCAUUAUCUAGAAAAUCUCAUCCAUUUAAUUAG